AGUCUCGCUCUGGCAUCUGUUUUGUACUCUUGCGAAAGUACGCGCGCUCUCUAAAAAAAAAAAAAAAAACGCAAAAUUGAAUCUCCAAAUCCAAAAAAAAUCAAAUGCCAUCAAGAAAUGGUGUUUUUGCAUAUUUUUCUUAUCCAAAAUCCUGAGGAAUAAUUAUGUCAGGUAUACGUGAAUGUCAUGUUCAUCGAGGGACAAGUUGAUGACUUUUUUUUUUUUUUUGAUUGAAUUCUGAUUUUUAAGUAUGCGAGAGAAAUUCAGUGAUUAUGUCAAUUGGAACAUUAUGACAGGUGGUGGUGAUGUGCGAAGAAAGAUAAGGAUCAAUAAUUUUGCAAAGUAUUUUCAAGGAACAGAAGAAACAAAAGAAUGGGAGGAUAAUUGUCGAUAAUUAUUGUCAAGAGAUGAAGUUUUAAGGAUGACUCUCUUUCUCUCUCUCUCGCUCUAGGAAAAGGUGACCUUUUAUUGACCCAGUGACAGUUCAACCACAUCACUUGAAAUAGAAUCCAAAUGCUUUUAUAGAAAUCGUUGAUGCAUUAAGUAAUUAAGGAAUAUUGGAAUUUUAAGAGCUUUAAAUUUUCUGAAGUAGAAAUGGACUUUUAAGGACAGACAAACGUUUUUGAGGAUAUUUGUGGAUCGUGAAGAAGGGCAAAUAUUGAAAAAGUGUUGGGAAAUUAGAAACAGUGUGAUUUAGUGAACAUCUAUGAAGUGAAGGUUUUAGUGAACUUUUUUGGAAAACUGUUUCGUUUGUGAGUAUACUGUCGUCUUAAAGAAUGUUGAACAAUGGAAAUAGUAGUGAACAUAAUAGUAAACAAAUAAUUUUGAAAAGAAAUAAUAGUAAACAAAAAUAAUAGUGAACAGAAAUAAUAAACAGAAAUAAUUUUUAAACAUCCGAAAUGAUAGUAAAUUGUGAAAUAACAGUGAACUGAAAUUCAGCAAUGGAAAUAAGUGUUCUUUAAGGAAAACUGAAUCAUCUUUAAGGGACCAUUAAGAAUCAUUAAGAAACAUCUCUUUAAAAAUCUGUGUGGAAAAAAAAAUAGUGCAUCCAAAUGAUAGUGGAACCGGAAGAACGUAAUCAAUCAGCUAGUGACAGUCAAUUAGCAGAAAUGCAUUUGGAGCAGAGAAUUAAUGGCGAUCGGUCAGCGAGAGAUCGCUUUCCAUCGUCGAGCAGCACUGAUGACGAUCAAAGUGGAUCGGACGCGGAGCAGGAUUCCGCGACAAUACGUGGCAAGGGUCAUUCUGGAAUUUUACAUCAUUCCGGAACGCAUUCCGUACGAAAACGUAGGGGAAAUUUACCGAAACAUUCGGUAAAAAUUUUAAAAAGAUGGCUAUACGAGCACAGGUACAAUGCAUAUCCCAGUGAUAGUGAAAAACUCACCCUCAGUCAAGAAGCAAAUCUCACUGUUUUACAGGUGUGCAAUUGGUUUAUAAACGCAAGAAGACGCAUUUUACCGGAAAUGAUUCGCAGAGAGGGCCACGAUCCUCUUCAAUACACUAUUUCGCGACGAGGAAAAAAAAUGCCCGGAGGAAGUCAUCAACAAGCAUCAAGUCUCAGUCCACGCGCCACUCCUGAAUGGGAUCCACUCGCUGGAAUGAGUGCUCCAAAACGUAGCCGCGAUCAUGAUUAUGAAGAUCCAACCGGUCUUAUGUAUCGAAGUGAAGAAGAUAGUCCAAAUGAUUAUGAGAGUAGUUCCCAUAGCGAAGAGGAACGUCCAGCCUCCCAAUGGUCCAGCGUGAUUGUCUAUCCAUAUUCGGAGACCAAAGUCGAGCAGAACAAUCAGCCAAGUUAUGCUGAAGCGAUCGCUCAUCCUGCCCGACGAGGGAACGAUGACCAAUCGACAGUGAGCGAAGCAGCUUAUUGGAGUGCGCCGAGGCAACAUCUUGCAGCAACUCCGGACGUUCAACAGGAAACCGAGGUGUAUAGCACUCACGCAUGUAGUCCUCACAGCGACGAAACGCCGCCUCCAACACCACCCGAGGAAGACAAGGACAAAUUCAAGUGUCUCUAUCUUCUCGUAGAGGCCGCCGUCGCUGUCCGGCAGCAAGAGAAGGAGCGCGAGGGAACCGUGGUUUAACAAAAAAACAAAAAACGCGAACUCAAUUGCCAUAAAAAAAAACAAAAAAAUUUUUUUCCAAAUCUUAUAUUUUUUUUGUAUAAGAUCAUACAAAUUUUAAUUAUUUUCGGUUCUCUAUUUUUUCAAUUCCGUUGAGAGCCUCGAAACAAAUGACGACGAUGACAACAACAAAAAUAACAAAACGAAACAGAUCCGAAAUUUUCCAUCAUCGACUCCAAAACAAAACAAAACAAAAAAAAAAAAGAAAAAAUUUAGAAAACGAACUCUCGCCGCUCCAUCACUCGCGUGCCGAGGACUUUUUAAAAAAACUAAUCUUAAUAAAAACUCUUUAUAAACAUGCGAGCGGUAAAAAAUUUUUCAUAAAUUUUUUUUUUUGAAACAAGAGACAUAAACGCUUCCCGUCGAGUCUCGAUCGUAGUUUCAAAAAAAAAAAAAAAAAGAACUUCGAACGUGAUUCGAUGUACUGUGAUUAUUAUUAAUUUUUUUUUUUUUUGAAAUUCAUUUUUAUUAUUACUAUUAUAUUAUAUUAAUUAUUAUUAAUUUGUUGUUACGCGCAGUUUCUACCCUGACGCGAUAUCGCGCUUAUCAUCCUGCUUUGAAGAGAGAAAGAGAGUUUAAUGCCAAGAGAAGAGAAAUACACAAAAAAGUAAAAAACAAAAUAAAAUAAAAUAGGAACUGCUCGAUGUGACCUGAAGAAAAAAAAAAUCAAAAAAGUCUUUUUUUUUUACAAAAAUUUUGUAGUGAAAUUGUGUGAAUGUGAGAAAAUGAAAAAAAAAAUUGAGUGAUAAUAGUGAGAGUGGAAAAAAUAUGAAAGAAAUUAAAAAAAAAAAAAAUAUCGAUAUUAAAGAGAAAAAUGUUCCAAUUGAUUGUAAUUUUUGCUCUUCCAAUAAUAAUAAUGUGAGAAAAAUAAGUGAUUUUAUUUUUUUUUUUGGUAUUUCUAGUUUAAUUUUUACGAUCACAAUUGUGCCUUUAUCUAUUUGUCAAUUAAAUAUGCUAACUUUAAUCGCAAGUAAAUUUUUUUUUUCAAAUUUUUCGACUACAAUUUCCUUUUCUAGUUUUUUUUAACAAAUUUAAUUAAUUCCUUUUUUUUAUUUAAUAUAAAAAUUUUUUACUAUUUUUUUAAAAAUAAAUUUUUCAAAUUUACUAUUUUUUUAAAUAUAAAUUUUUCAAAUUUACAAUUUUUUUCAAUUAUUUAAAAAAAAAAAUUCGGAAAAUUUUCAAUUUUUUUUCGUGUGGGUACAACGAGCAUUGUCCUUUAAAAAAGCGAAUUCUCGCAGGAAGCGCGAAUCGUUGACUAGAUUUUUAAGGUGAAACUUUCGAAAAAUCGAGACUCAUGAGUUUUGUUGUUUUUUUUUUUUUUCUUACCUCGAGUCUCGAUUUUUUUUUCCCCCCCUCUAUCAAGUAAGUUUUUAAUUUUUUUUUUUUUUUUUUUUUUUUUCUUAGGUCUUCCGCCCCUCUUAUUUUUGGUUCAGGGAUUUUUUUCACAUUUUACCGUGAGAAGCAUUUAUAGAAAAGAAAAAAAAAAAUUCCAGAAAAUUUGUUUUUUAUUUUAUUUUCUGGAAUCGCAAAAAAAAAAACAGUUUUUAAUGCAAAAAAAAAAAAAGAUAUCGUAAAAUGAUCGGUACAAACGCCAAAGACUUACUUAAUUAUUAAUAAUUAAAAAAUAAACCGAGUGGUUCAUCUUAAAAAAAAAAAAGAAAAAGAAAAAAAACGAGUGAGAGAGAAUUUUUGUGUGAUUGGUCCUGUAUUUUUUUUUCAUUACAAUACGCAACGAUUGACAAGAAAAAAAAACUGCGCGGAAUUUCAUUCAGCAAAGUUUUUGUGGAAUGUACAAAAUGAAAAAUUAUUUUUUAGACUAGAGAUCGCUCUUUAGAUAAUAAGGUCUAGAAAUUAAGAUUUAGAGUUCUCUUUUACGACGAUUUAAAAAAAAAACAAAAAAUGCACAAAUGAUUCUUGUUCGUUGAUCUUUUUGCCAAAAAUAAAAUUUGGUGAAAAGAUCUCUUUUUUUUCUACAAUUGACAAAAACAAGAAUCGAAAAUUUAAACGCAUUUCGGAUCAAAAAAAUUAAAAAAAAAACCCCCGAAAACCGAUCCAGAGAAUUGGAAAUUUUUAUUCAUUCUAACUUCAAUGUUAUUUUUAUAAAACGAAAAAAGAAAUUUUUUAUAUGUACAACAAAAAAUUUUUCCAAAAAAAAGGAAAAAAUACCAAAAACAAAUUAUAGAAAUAGAAAAAAGAAAUAUAUAAAAAUAUUAUUUUUAAAGAAAACAAAUUUUUUUUCGAAACAAACGGCUUUUAUAAAAUCCCAAAAAUGUAUAGAUAUAUUUUGAAAUUUAUUUUCUUUCAUUUUUUUUUUUUUUCUGAAAUUUUUUAUCCCCCUUUUUUAGUGUAUAAGGAAAAAAAAGUAUUUACUCAUUUUGUUAUUUUUAAGUAUAAUUUUCUUUGUAUCGGUUUUCUCAUUCUUGUAUAAAAAAAAACACAAUUUUUAAUUUCGGAAAAAUAUCUCAGAAACUCGUCUCAACGAAUGGAAACGAAUUUUUCUAAAUUAGAAAAUCGCAAACCUCUUUUUUUUUGUAAAUAUAGAAAAUAUUGUGGCGUAAAAAGUGUUUUUUAAAAAAAAGGAAAAGAAAAACGCCUACAGAGAGAGAAAAAAUUUUUUUUUUUGAAAGUUUUUUGAAAAUAGAAAAUAUUUUCAUAUUAUAUAAUAUAAAUAUAUAUAUAUAAAUAAAUAUUAGUGAUUGCGUCGCUGGUAAUUUUUAUAUUAUUAGGCUGUUGAAUAUUGGCGAAAAAAAAAUAUAAUUAACAUUGUUAACUAUUGGUAAAUAUAAUAUUAAUAGAGAGAAUAAGAAUUGUGUGAAAUAGCGCUCUUUGUUUAAAAAAAAAAAAAAAGGUCUCAUUGUACAUAAAAAGCGAAUAGAAGAAAAAAGAGCAUCGAAUUUUUCGUGAUAAUUUUCUGUUUUGUUCGAUAGUCGGAAAAUUUGUUCACUAUUUCAAAAAUAAAUUUCGUAUGAAAGAAAAGAAGGUAGAAACAUUUUUAGAAAGAAAUUUACAAAAAAAAGAAGAAGAAAGAAUAAAAAAAAAAUUUAUAGAACAAAUUCAAAAAAAAUAUAUUUUUUUAAGAGGAAAAUAAAAGUGUUUUUAAAAUUGAAAAUCGAGAAAUUAAAUAGAAACUUUUUUUUUUUUGAUUGGAAUAGAAAACAAAAUUUUCGAUCAAAAUCAAAAAACAGAAAAAAUUAUCUCGAAUUGUAGUUACAUAAUAUUAAGAGGACAAUUUACAAAAAUUUUUCAAUUUAGUUUUUUUUUUGUUUCCAAAAUAUUCGAUUUUAAAUUUUUCAUUUCAAUAAAUAAAAUACAAAUUUUUAAAUUAAAUUUACAAAAUUAAAAAUUUAUUAUAUAAAUUUUAUAUACUAAAACAAAGGUUCAUGCAAGCCAAAAAAUUUAUAAUUAAAAUUAAAUUUCAAUAAUCAAAUAUUAAAAGAAAUUGAAAAUUUGCAAAUAAUUUUAUAUUAUUUCAAAUUGUGAAGCAAAAAUAAUUAAAAAUCAAAAAAAAGUCGACUAUCGAAAAAAAAGAAGGAAUAAAAAUUUUCGUAAAUUGUACCAAAAAAAAAAUUGGGAAAAAAUAUUGUAUAUGUCGAAAAGUCCGGAGAAUGAAAAAAAAAUUCUUCUUGAAAUCAACCAGUUCUCACUGCCGCCAUUUUAAAUGUCCGAAGUGUCUUUUUUUUAUAUAAACAUAUAUAAAUAAUAAUAUUCAGACAAAAAGCACACGAGGUCUUGUAAAUUAUUUUUUCGGUUGAAAAAAACAAAUUUUUUUUUUUUUAUGAAUCGAAAAAAAGAUUCUCUUAUUAUAUUUAUAAUAAAUAUAUUUACUCAAAUUUUUCUACCAUAAAUCGAUAUAUAUUUAAAAAAAAAAAAAAAAAAAUUGCGCUAUUGUGUGUUUUUGUAGAGGAAUGAGAGAGAGAAAGAGUGAGAAUGAUCGAUAAUGUGCCACACGAAUUUAGAAUAUUAUUUAACGCCUCGAUUGUCUUAUAAUGCACUAAAAAUCAUACAAUCGACCUUUAUAGAGUUCCUAUUACACCCCAAAAUUUCACCUGGAAUUUGUUGGAAAAUUUUUCUUUUUUAUUAAAUAACAAUAGAAAAAAAAAUUAACUUUUUCCGUUUAAAAAAAGAAAAAAAGAAACUAGAAAACACAAUGGGUGCCUUGCUCAGAUAUAGAAAACAAAAUCUACUUUAUGUAGUAGAAAAAACUCUCGAUUGUUUCCCAAUUUUUCUAUUUUUAAAAAGAAAAUUUUUUUUUUUUUGGAGAUUGCCUGUGUCUCUAAAAAAAAAUAAUUAAUUUACAUUCUGGACUAAUUAAUAAGUUCACAGUAUUUUCUAAUUAAUGGAUUUAAAAAUUAAUUAGUUAAAAAUAUUGAUUAAUAACUUUUUUGUUUAAAAAAUUUU